AAAGCCUCCAUGAUCCAUUAUUCUGCAUUAUGAGUUAUUUUGUAGAAGGAAGAAAUUCUUCGUGUCGCAUUGAAAAAAUAUUCCUAGUGUGUAAUGUAAAUUAGAGAUUGUUGAGUUUUUUCGUUAUGUUCGAUUUGAUGCUGGAUUUUCGUGGGUCGGGAGAAGUGAUAUUCGUUUAUUAGUUUAGGAUCUAUUCGAAGAUAAUUCAAAAUGGCGGACGAUGAGUACAAUAAGAAGCUGGAAUCUCUUCAGCAGUACAUUCCAUUUUUGGAUGGAAUGAUUGCCCAAUUGAAGGACCCCAACAAAAAGAACAGAGAACAGCAGCUGAGUAAGAUGGAGUCUCUGCAUGCCAUGAUCACAGACAGAAGGAAGAAAUUGAAACUCGAUACUCUUAAUAAAUGCGAAGAUGUAAUUUCAAAAUUGUAUUUGAAAGUGAACCACAAGCCUAUAAAUCACCUGAAAGUGGAAUCCACUAUUAGUAGUCCUAGAUCUACCCCAACAAGUUCUAGUCCUCUCAGACAUCCCGAUAUUAGUGAUGACAAGCCAUUGACAUUACCAUCAGGAAGGUCAACGCCUGUUUCAAACAAUUCAAGAAUUGACGUUUACAACAGCGCUGCAGACAGUAUGAAUAAACCGAGACCUAAACACGUCUCACCCAAAUACCCCGACAUAUCCAAACCUCCUAUCAGUCUCGCCGAUUUGAAAGACCUUGAAUUAGACGUCCGUGAAAAAAUUAACGAGAGGGCAUCCUUGAACGAACUCAACAACAUACGAAACAAGAUUGCCCAUGAACUGAUCUUGGAAAAUAUCAAAUCGCUAUCGCCGUCUAGACCACAAAGGUCUAGAAUCGCUGCGACUUUCGAGACAAAAUCCAAUAACUUUAGUUUCUCGGAAGAUUUGGGUGAUGGCGACGUCCAACUGAAUGAUUCACCUAUAUCGACAGCUUCUACCAUAGUAUUGUGUUCCCCCAUUCAAUUACAUGUGAAACCGAAAUCUUCACCUACUGUUGCAAAAGAGCCAGCACCAGCAAGCAUUUUUGGUAGUAUUAUUUCCAACAUUGAUAGCCAGGUUGUGGAAGAGGACAAUGAGAAAAAAGAGAGGCGUAGUUCACUGACGCAAGAAAAGAAAAGUGUUGAACCUGAAAACAAUCCGGAUAAACUUGUGAAACCUAAAUCUUCACCAACUAUUUCAAAAGAGCCAGCAAGCAUUUUCGGCAGUAUCCUUUCCAGCAAUGAUAGCCAGGUUUUGGAAGAAGGAAUUAGGAAAGUAGAGAGGCGUAGUUCACUGACGAAAGAAGAAAAAACCGUGAAACCUGAAGACAAAUCAGAUAAACCUUUUCAAAUACCAGAAACCACAGAAAAAGAUGAAAGGAGAAAUUCUACAACGAAUGAGGAAAAUCCUAUAAUAGGGAAAGAUAAAUCGAGAGAAAGAAGACAUUCGAAAGACCACAAAAAAAGCGAUAGCAAGAAAGACAAAAGUAGAGGAAAAGACCAUGACUCUUCCGGAAAAAGCCACAAGCAUUCUGACAAAUCAGAUAUUGGUAAAAAAGAGGGAAAAGAUUCCACUUCCAGAAAAGAUGACAAACGUAGAUCGAAAGAAGAAAAAAGUAAACAUCAUAAAAGUAAGAAGUCUAGCAGUUCGCACAAACAUUCAAAGAGUGAAAAUAAACAUGAAAAAAAAGAAGAUAAAAUAGAGGACAAAAAUAAUGAGGACGUUACCGUCAAAAACACUGUUUCCAAACCUGUUGUCCCUGAGGCAACUGUAGUUGGAACUUCAGAAGAACUCAAAAAUCCCCCUGAAGCAGUGGAAAGUAAAAUCGUAGAAAAUAAGGAAUCGACGACAAUGUAUAGACGCUUGGCAGAUAAAUACACCAAAAAACCCAAAAAGCCAACUGCUGAUGCUUCAGAUAUAGACAAAGCAGUGGCUGCGAGUAUAGAAGCUAAUAUGAUCAAAUCUCCACCCAAAAUUCCGAUCUUGAAUCGUCUAACUGAGCCACCUCCACCGCCUCCAGCCAGUUUGGUGAAAUGUUCCCAAGCUGAGCCAGAGCUACCAAGCGUGCUGCAAACGCUCAUGGACCAAUUGAGGAAAAGCAACCAGGAAAGCAGACUACCGAAUAACCCACAACUGCAACCUCAGCCUUCACUACAUCAACAAAAACCACUGCUAUCUCCCAAUCCUCUGUAUCCAAAUAGACCUAUAAUACAAAACCCGCCGCUGUCAGCAAAUCCGCCAUUGCAAAACCAGCAAAUGAUGCCCAAUCCACCAUUGUUGCCAAACUCUGCCCAGCUGUUAUCACCAACAGACAACUUCAUAUCAGAAUACGUCAGAGAAGAAUACAGCAAAAAUCAGAAUCAAACAUGGCCUGACCGAAUGAGGUUUGAACCGUCCCCAGUUAUCCCCCAAAACAACAGAUACAUACCGCCACAGCUGAAUCAGAGAUUCGAACCUCCAACCUACAAUAAAUACAAUCAAAUGGACGCUAUGCAACCGCUGGACUAUUAUCCUCCGAACAAUCCUGCCCCCACCAACCAAUUCAAUGCUGGUCCUCCCUUGUUAUCUCCAGAAGUUCCGCACUAUCACGAACCUAAGCCAAUGUCAUUCGGACCGACCGGUCGCGAUCAGUAUGUGCACAGCGACGACUUGCGCUGGAGACUGGACGGCAACAGACCACCGUGGGAACGUAGAGAAUUCGAUUCUAGAUACAGAGGACCCAUGACUUACAGAGAAUUUAGGGAGAUGAGGGAUAAUAGCCGAGAUCCGAGAGUAGCCAGAGAAAAUAGAGAUCCCAGAGAUCCUCGGGAAGUCAGAGAUCCCAGGGAAAUCAAUAGAGACCCACGGAACGUCAGGGAAGUGAAAGAUCCCAGGAACGUCAGAGAUGUGAGAGAUCCCAGAUUGAAUAGGGAUAACUCCAAGGAUAAUAACGAAGUCCGAGAGCAAGACACUCGAGAUCCUAGAAUCAAAAAGGAUUUCGAAAGGGGGAGAUCCAGGAAUAGAGAAGACUACAGAUCUAACAAAUUCGAGUCUAAGUUUGACCGGAUGUACUCGAGGACAAAUAGGGAGCGUUCUAGAUCUAGAUCUAGAUCUAGAUCUCAAACAAUAUCUGACAAUCAAGAUAGCUUCGCCUCGCCUCUAGAUAGUUUGUAUUCUGGCAAAGAACAAAAAGUUGGCAAAGGCUAUGGCAUACAGAGCUUCCGUAUACCUAAAAUUAAGAAGGAGUUAGAUGACAAACAGAAUCUCAAGGUCGACCAAAACGCCGAAAAUGAAGUGAGCAAAGAUGAGAGCGAUAAUGAACAAGAUGAACAAACUUUAAUCAUAAACGAAGACCUGGAAUCCACACAAGAACUCGAUGAAAGUAGCGAUGCUAAGGAGAAACAAACUGAUACAGCCGAUUCAACUCAAAACGACGAUUCAUUAAUAAUUGCAGAAGUGAAGGAAAACCAGAACCAAUCAAUCAACGUCGAAGAAAAAGAUGAUACUGAGCUAGAAAGUGAUGAAACCAAAGAAGACAAUGAGCCUGUAUCUGCCCAGUCGCUUGCCAAAGAAAUUCCUGACGAUAGUGAGAAAUCCGAAACUACAAUACCCCAUGACAAAUCUUUGUUAGAAAUCCAAAAUUCUGUGCUGUCAAGUACCUCUCAGGAUCCCGAAAUUGAGGAACUAGUGCCUGCAGCGCCAUUACCUGAUGAACCAGUAAACGAAAAAUCUGAAAAUGAAGAGCAAAAACAGGAGGAACUAGAGCCUCACCAAAAAACAUCUGAGGAAUCUGAUCCCAAAGAAUUGGUACUAGAUCUUCCGCCAAUAUUGUACCCAGAAGAAUCCAUUCUAGAUGAACCGAAAGUUCUAGAAACGAAAGCUCCAGCUGAGCAAACCAUUUUAGCCCAAUUCUUCGCGAACCUUUUGAACAGCCAGGACAAGAAAGAGAAGAAAACUGCUCUCUACUCGCUCAUCAGUACAUUUUCCGAUAGUUUUAGUCCAAAAGAACUGAAUAAGAUAACAAAAAUCAUAAAGGCUGAAGAUACUGACGGUAGCUCUGAAGAAGAAGGCGAGGCUCCUAAAAAGAAAGAAGCCAGCGCGACACCCGAAAAAGUAGCAGAACCAAUCGUUGAACCAUCAGAACUCACAGAACCAACAGAACCCACAGAACCCAAAGAGCAGCUUGUGAUAGAAUCUCCUCACUCAGAAGAAAUCCCUAGAAGAAGGCUGAGAAGGCGAAUCAGAAGAAUUUCUUCCGGUUCUCCGGUCAAAGAAUCGCAAAUAGAAGAGAUCGAAGAUGAAGAACCAGAGACUGGCACUAUUCCUGUACAAGAACUCGACCUAUCGAAAUCAGAUAACUCGCCUCUCGAAGAUCCCGUGAUCGUCAGCGUGGGUGAGCGAAUCAAAUCCAGAAAGAGAAACUCGGCAGCUUCCAAACCGAAAAAGAAAAACAGAUCCGAAUUGGACCGGCUGCAUGAAGACAUACAGGACAUGUUCAUCAGAGAUGGAGUGUUGACAGCCACUGGUAAACGCAUGUGUCAUUUGUUGAAGGGCGAUCCGAAUGCCCUGAGAGCAACUUCCCCUGAGCCUUCCAAAGAAGGUGUCGAAUUUGUUCCACAAAGGCGCAAACCUGGGCCGAAAUCGAAGCAACAGAAGUAUCUCGAGAGCUUGCAAAACAAAGAGAUGAGAGAUAUGAGCGUAAUAAUACAGAAAAUACCGGAUAAUGCGGUGGAAGAGAGUGAACGGACAACCAGAAGGCUGACUAGGAGUAUGACGAACGUAGACAGUGACAGUGAAGAUGAUAAUACUGUUGGCGGUAAUGAAUCUGGUAAAGAAUACUCGGAAAGAGAUGAUUCUGAAAGCAGCGAGAGCGAGAAAGAAACGGCUCCUCAAACAAACGAUGACUGCCAGAAGCCCAAAGUACUGAAGAGAAAAAGGGGGAAAAGAUGUUGGGCGAGCGGCAUUAUCAAGAAAACUAAGAAAAAGAAAACGACAGCAGAAGAACCUGUUGCUCAUAGUAGUGAAAAGGAAACGUCCAAUUUGGACUCUAGAGAUUUCCUGGAACCUGAUGUAAAUUAUUACGUAGACUUCGCCAAGCAGAAAACUUACGCUUGUAAGUUAUGCGAUUUCCAGGGCAAAUUCAUCACGACACAUUACAAAACAGCACACCCAGAGUCAGAAGUGCUCAGUUCGAGGUUCACACCUUCAGUUGCAGCUGAGGCUAUAGCUGAUGCCAAAAUAAACUUGUCCAGGUACGAGAAGUGCAUGGUGGUAAGAAGUGGAGUAAAACUCAAGUACACCUGCAGAUUUUGUACAACUAAUUCUGUCGUCACACCUACCUUCUUUUACGACCAUGUAUCGACACAUACUGGUGAAUACAGACACAUCUGCCCGAAUUGCAACGUCUCCUUCUGUAAUGGAAAAACCCUUUCGUUCCACAUGAAAACCAAUCACACUGACAUGAAAUUGAUAGUUCGCAAGGCCUACAAUACCACCAUCAUGUUCGGAUAUCUCUGUGGUGAAUGCAAUUAUGUCCAGAUAAGCAGAACCAAUGUCGAGGAACAUGUCAACAUCUACCACUUGGUCAAACCUACGAUCUACAAAAUCAACUUGUCCACUUUCAUUGAUGACGAAAUUGAGAAUUUGGCUCAUUUAAUUUCCAAAAAGGAGUCUACGGCUGCCUCUACCGAAGAUUUAGAAACCUCAACAGAAACAAAACCAAAAGAAGAUGAAGCAGUCGAAGUACCAAUAAAGUCGAAACCAAAACCGGCCUCGGUCAAGCGAAGGGAAGCUGAAGCCAGGAAAAAAGCUGAGGAAGCAAAGGCUUUAGAAGAAUUAACUGCACCAGAACCACCUGUGGCUUCUGAAGAAGAAGUUAUGGUUCCUCCCAAAGGGAAAAAGAGAGGUCCGAAACCAGGUCCUAGAUCUAAGAAGAAAAUAUUGGAUUUCAUCCCAGAUCCUGAAUCAGAAUCUACCACUGACACAGAAUCUGUCUCGACCAAGGGAAAGGAUGUGGAAAGUGACAAAGAGAGCCGUGUAGAGAAACAAAGACGUAACUUGUUGGAUACCCAGACAAUACUACCGGAUCGAUGUAAACGAGCUGCCAAAGAAAAAGCACAGGAAAAACUGAAAGUGAUUAUGGAAAUGAGCGAAAAUCUUCAGCGGAAGAAAUCCAAUACCGUCGAAGAUAAAAAUGCGGAGACAGAGGACCAAUCUCCCGAGACUGAAAAUACAGUAACCGAACAUGAAGCCGUGGAAGACAAGGAGGCUGCAGCUAAUACUGAAAAAGAUGAAGACGAACCAGUAAAAGUCAUUCGGAAGGAAGAAAAGACGAUACCAGUCAAAAAAGAAGUGGAAAUGAACGUAUUCACUUGCAACACCGACCUACAGGAGGAAAACAGAAAGAUCGAACAAGAACGCCUGAAAAAAAUGGAGGAGCUGAACAAAACCGUAGGCUCUAGAACUUCCUUGAACUUCGUCGACAAACUAUGCGAUCGACUAAGUAACAAUAAUAUACUGGUAAAACAAGAACCGAGAGACGAUUUAACCGACAGCCUGUUCGGAAGCGAGAGAAGUAAAUCCCCCCUCACUAUGCCCGUCUUGGAGAAAAAUCCUCCCACCAUGAUGGGCGAAGAAACAGUUACUCCUCUCCUUCAGGUCAUAAAGAAACCUAGCACACCGCCACCGCAACCUCCGACUGUGAAAAAACCAGUGCUGCAAGAGGACCCCCAGCCGGUUAGGCCCAGCUUCGAAGUCACACAAAAGAAUGACAAGAGCAUAGUCGAUAUGAUCGAGAAGCUAAAAGGCAAGUUGGCACCUGCCCCCAUGGAAACCAACGUGGAGAACGUCAAUGUCAUUAACGUGGACGAUAUAGCAGAUAGCGAUGUACCACCUCCUUUGUCACACGCUGACGAAUCGGAAGAUGUCAAACCUUCCAUCAGCUCCACGAAAAUCUUAGAAAUAAGUGGACUCGUCAGAGUCUAUAGAACCAAUGACUCUACCAUGUUCCGCUGCUUAAUACCGCCAUGCACCUUAUCCGCAGAUAACCAAGACGUGUUCCAGAAACAUUAUAUAGAGAAACAUGCCGCUAGAGUGUUCGACAGGGACAAUACGCUUUGCGAAACCUGCGGCAUCCAAAUCGAGGCCAACUCUGAUGGUUCCCUGCUGGAGAAUCUAUUCAAGCACACCAUCUCCGAGCACACAGACUCCCUUAACGAAUCAGGCACGGCCGGGAAGAAACCGCAGAUGAUACGGAUAAGGAAACUCAGCGGAGAUGCCCUUUCAAUCAUCAAAAAGGACUGGGAAGAAGAGAUCGACGGCCAAGUGAGCAAAGAAGCCGACAAGCAACCUGUCCAAGAGGAAGCUGUACCGGACAAGAGCAUGGCACAAAUCGAACUGACGGAAGACAACCCCUUCCCCUUCAAGAUAUCCGGGGUGAUGUCUCUCGCUGAACCACCCCCGCCUUUGGCUCCCAUAGCCAAGCAGAACGUACAGCUGGUGGUUAAGGAAGCCAAGCUCUCGUCCGUCGAGAUAGCGAAGCCGAAGAAAACGCAGAAAGCCUUGGCCAGGUUCAUCGAGGAAGUCAGCAACUUGUACAAGUGCCCGCACUACUACUGCCUGUUCACCACCAGCUUCAGGGACUUUCUUGAGAAGCAUUUGAAGGCCCACAACGUGGAACCGGAUUCGAUGAUCCCGUGCGUGUAUUGCGACAUGAAAACGCCCUGGGAACACGUCGCCAUGCACAUCGACAUCAGGCACGCCAACUGUCGGUUCGCUUGCUCGUACUGUUUGUACCGGGCAGCUGUCAAGGAGUACGUGUUCCUGCAUCAGGAUAGGGCGCAUCCGGCCAAUGAUUAUUCCGUCAUAGCUCUGCCCUCGCCCAAGAUACACAAGAAGUUCACUGCCGUGGACAUCAAGGUGGAUCCCAAGAGCCUUUGCGAGCCUUACAAAUGUGCCACUUAUUGCCAGCUGGAGUUCCUCUUUGAGAACGAGUUCCGCAAACACCUGAUGGACUACCACAACCACAGCACGUUCAUGACCUGCGGCCAUGAUAACUGCACCAGCAGAGUGUUGACUGCCAAGCUGGUGCAGCACUGGUCCUCGGCGCAUUCCGUCUCGUCGUACCAAUGCGGGUACUGCAAGACGAGCCACAACGACGUGAAGAUGAUGUACCACCAUUUCUCCGGGUCGCACCAGAACAUGUCUCCGGACAUACUCAUCAGAUUGGUCAAUCCGUUGCCGAGCGGCAACACCGUGCUGGGCUACAGCGCCGAGGCCUUCCGCCGCAUGCGCAGGAUCGUCGCCAUCCCCAACACCUUCACCGACGACAGACCAGGGCAGGCCGAAUCCGCCCCCACCACCGCCAAAGCCGCCCCUACCGUCGUCCCCUUCACCAAAACCGCUCUACAGGUGGUGCCCAAAGGGUUGGUGCUGCCUGGCGCAAGCAACAUCGCAGGCGCGGGCAGUUUCACGCUGGUGACGUCGGCCAGUUCGAUAGGCACGUCCAGCAGCAGCAUUAUUUUGUUGUCGAAUCCGAGUAUGGCGUUGGGCACGUUGGCGAAGGACGCUAAUAAGAUGGCGGUGUGUUCUACGGUGGCUGCUCCGGUUAAAGUUGCGACGGUCGCAUCGCCCACCCCCAUCCUCGCCAAACCAUUCUCAACCGCCACUAUCCAAGCCUCUCAGACCCCGCCAAUUGCCCCUUCGACCACGCCCACAGCACCAAACCCUGUCCUUCCGACCACGCCCAUAGUGCUAACCCCCGCCCCUCCGACCACGCCCACCUCCCUGAGCCCCGCGCCUCAAACAAUAGAUCGUUCCCCCCAAACGAACCAACCCUCUCCGACCAUCGACCCCCACGUGGCGCCCUUGGAGCACAUUACGCUGAGCAGCGAGGAGGCCAAUCAGGAGGAACCGUCGGAGUCCGAGGUGGACCCCCUCGAUCUGGGGGACCCCCUGAAGACCACCGAGGGAGGGGGGGACAGUUCCGGCGAAGAGAGCGAGGGGAAGGCAUCCGAGAAAGCGGAGAAGGGCAAGCUAGGGCUGCUGGGGUACCAGCUGUACCGGUGCUCGUUCUGCGACUUCUCCUGCUCCAAUUCCAAUGAUUUCAAGAAGCAUUGCACUAGAAGCAUGGCUUGCAGGAAGGUGACCAAUAUGGCGAAACCUUUCGAGUGCGUACAUUGUGGCAAGUGUCUCAGGACGGCUCAGGCUCUGGUCGAGCAUAUGCAGUCUCACGGGGUACUCAGAUAUUCCUGCUUUUUGUGUAUGAACAAGUUCGCUACUUCCCUGCAGGCUAGGAGUCACUUGAAGUAUCGCCACAGCGUCAAUCAAACUCUUGUGACGCCUUCGAACCCCUCCAAAACGAAUGGGGAUUCCGACGAAUUCAUCGUGAAACCGAAAAUGAUGCAAAGCUCCCAACCACAGAAAGAAACAGCUCCCAGCGAGCCUGCUGGCUCGGUGACAGCCGAAGAUGACGUUUACUUCCCCGAUCAGAUCGACAAAAUCCCGAUCAGAUCGAUUUUCAGCUCCCACAAAAAGUGUGGGAUUUGUUCGUACAGCACGAAAGUGAGGACGAAUCUCUUGAGACACUUGCUGUUCCAUUCUCAGGAGAAAGCUGUCUCAGACACGGCUCCUGUGAACCCGGUGCCGUGUUUGGAAAAAAACGAAAAAAUGUUCGACAAGAUGAUCAAUUUGGCUUCCAGCUCUCACGCUAGCGGUAGCAGCAGGAUGGGCGGAAAUGCCAAACAAGAUGGAAAAGAAUCUGACAACCUCCCUGAAUUCGUGUCCGCCCAAUACCGCUUCGCGUGCUGCGCCCACGGCUGCAGCUACAUCUGCCCCGAGGAGAGCAACCUGCGUCACCACGUUAUGGCGCUGCAUAACGACGAUCCCGCCUUCGCUUGUUUCCACUGCAAGCUGCCCAUCGUGCCCAGCGACGUGGACGAGCUGAUGCGGCAUCUGAAGCUGCACGGGCUGCAGCUGUUCAAGUGCGGGUAUUGCGCGUUCGUGCACCAGCUGCGGGGGAAGGUUGAACGGCAUAUCGGGGACGGGCAUUUGGAUAUGCCGGUGAAGGUGGUGGUGGUUAGGAACAUGUCGUCAGAACCGACCGACCAAGAAGACCCCCCCACCGGCACCAAUCAACCCUCCACCCCCCAACCGCCCCCCACCAAAACCAACCAGAAACCGUGGCGGUGUUGCAUGUGCAAAACGCGCAGCUCCACCGCCGAGAGCAUUCAAGCACACGUGCUCGACAAGCACGAGAUCGAUGCGCAGUACAAGUGCGCAUUGUGCGCGUACAAGACGGAUCACGAGGGGGCGUUCGAGGGGCACUUCAAGGGGUCGCAUCAGGGACAGGAGGUGGAGUAUAUAGCGGCGUACAGGAAGGUGGAGGAGGAGCCCUCGGAGGAGGGGGGAGAUGCUUUCGAUACGACGCCGCUGUGGCAGAGAGACAGGCCGAGGGUGCGGCACAUCAGGGGAAUACUGUUCGACGAGUCCAGUCCGGUUCCGGCUAAGAAUACCAAGAAGACUCCCACGAAGGUACCUACGCCGAGUAGUUCGAAGAGUAGCGGCAGCAGUUCCUUGGAUUUUUCCAUCGAUGCAGUGGCUAAAGGAACGGCGGGCGUUUUGAAGGAAAACGAAUUGAUCGAACAGGUCAACAAAAUCAUGAAACACGGCAAAGACAUCGUCGCGAAAUCCAAGGAAACCGAUGUCAUCGUAAUAGACGAUGACGAGGAAAACCCUUCUAAAACCCCCAAGCCCAAAACGACCGUCAAAAGAAAGUCCAUCGAAGUGUCAGGCAUCACGAAAAUUCCCCGAUUGGACGACAUCAUCGAUCUGGAGAUCAACGAGGACGAGGACGCUUGCAGCGAAAAGAAUUUGAAGCAAUUGUAUGGGCAGUUCGGUCUGCCGCUGAACAGGCAGCUGAGGUGUCCGUUGUGCAACAACUUCAAGUCGAAGAGGAUGUCCGAUUUCAUCUAUCACAUGUUUAAAGAGAAGAAGGUCUACAGAUUCAAAUGCGCCAUAUGCGCCGACGAGAGCAUAACCUACCGGUACAUGUCCCGGCAUGUCAAAGAGCACAAACACCACUCGGACUUUCGAGACAACAUCAUCGUGCUGCCGCCCAAUCCCAAGCUGGAGGUGUGGGUGCAGAUGCUGAUCAGCCACCAGUGCGCCAAGAUUUUGCCCAGCUUGACGCCGGUGCUAGAGGCGUUGCUAGAUGCCAGCAAGAAGGUGCAGUGCCGGUAUUGCCAGAAAUGGUUCAAGUCGGAGCAGGAGAAGAACGAGCACGCCAUCUACCACUGGCGCAACGUACCUUACGCCUGCGACAGCUGCGACUUCCGCGGCUUCACACGCCAGCAAAUCGAGUGGCACUUUGAGCGCAUGCACACCAGCUUCACGCUGAACAUCUUGGAGAAGGGGCCGACGGUAGCGGGGGAGAUCGAGUACACCGACAAGCUGCACAUUGAGGAGGCCAUGCAAGAGGAGGAGGAGAAGAAGCGAUCGGCAGAGCAAGAGAAAGAGGUCAAUGUUGCAGAAGUAAAUAUACCUGAGGUGCAUCUACCUGAGAUGGAAGACGAAUCAAACCAAGAUGGUACUGUUCAAGGAAUGGCUGCCGACGCCAGCAACGAUAGUACCGUCAAUAUGUUCAAUAGCAGAGACAGUUAUGAGGCCCCCAACAAUCUGGUGAUCGUCACCAAAACUGACACGAACGUGCCCAUGGAGGGGGACGUUUUCUGCUGCGAGUACUGCCCGUACAUGUCCAAUUCGGAGACGUACAUCAUGGGCCACAUCUCCGGCCAGCACGAGCACAUGCACAUCAAGUUCCAUCAGCUGAACAGGGCGACGUGCGAGGCGCGGCGCGGCGACUACGUCGGCUGCAUGCUGUGCGCCGAGAUCGGGUCGGAGAUCGCUAUAAGGAGGCAUCAUAUGGACAAGCAUGACGGGCAGACUUUCAUCACGUACAGGUACACGUGCAACAUUUGCCAGAAAAGGUUCAUGAAGAUAGCCGGCCUGAAGAACCAUUCGGUUCGCACCCACCCCAGCGCCCCUAUCACCUACACCGGACUCUUCGGCAACGUCGUCAGCAUCGACCAUCAGAAAACGCCCAAGGGCAGAACGACUCCGGUGCGAACCAUCCCGGAGAUCGCAGAGAAAAGCUCGCCGAGCGCCAGGAGUAGCAACAAGGGCGGCCAUUGGUUGAGGUACGAGUGUCCUUUGUGCUCGUACAAGAAGACCAUGCAGAGGAAGUCGAAGCCGAACGUCAAGUUGCAUGUCAAGCAGCAUUUCAAGUCGUUCUAUUGCGGGGAUUGUCCACUGAGAUUCAUGAACAACAUCCAGGCCAUCUCCCACUACAACGACAAACACCCCGGCCUACCCAGGAACAUCAACCACGACCCCAGCAUGGACGAGCAGGUCAUCGAAGUCUUCAACGACAUCGUGGCGAGAGCCUACAGGGUGGAAGACCCCUUUUGUUCCACCCCCCCACCUGCGACGCGACAGGUGCGAAACACCGCCAUGAAGUCGACAUCGUCCCCCCAAAACGCCUCCACGGCGCCCGAGUACAGCUUUUACGGUCUGCCUCCCGAAGAAGUGGAUUUAACACGCAUCAUGACGUCAGUGGACAUAAACGGCGUUUGUUUGGACAUGUCGGCCGACAAACUGGGGAAGAUUUUCGACUUGAACCCUCACGUGAGGGUGGAGGACUGCCAAGCGUUGGGGGAGUUGGAGAGCGUGUUGGAGUCAUGACCAGAGUUGGACCCUUUGGAUUUCACCUUGGAGGACUUCAGCGGGGAUAGUUUCGAGUUGGACAGCAUCAUUCCGUCGGUGGACACUUUGCUGAACGAGAAUUUCGAAGAUCACGAGUAUCUAGUGUGAGUUUUGUCUGUGUUUCUUCGUGUUGUAGAUAUGUAAAUUGGAUUGAAUAGAUUAGGUUUCCUUAUUGUGAAGACUGUCUGUGAUUUGAGGAAGUAUUUGCUAAGAUUAAUGAUCAUUUCAAUGUACAAAAUUAGCGAUAGUACUGCAGAAGUGACAUAAGACUUAUAGGUUAGGAUUCAAAGAAUAAGUUACGUUUAUUUUCAACCAGUUUUUGUACAAUAAAAAAAAUUGAUUUGUGAGUGAUGUUGAUUUUUUCCCUAAUACACAUAAAAGG